AUGCUCCUCAGGAACAGCCGGAGAAGUCUUUCCCUCCACCAUGCAACCGUCUUCCGACCCUCUCGACCGACGCCAAGAUAUCCAUUGACGACAAUAAACGCGAGCGACAGAAGCAGACGUCUUUUCGGCACACAAAAUGAUGGACGGCCCACAGCGAGAAGAGGUAGCCUCAGCGGCGGGCGCAAUCUUGCCACCGCCGUAGACGACCACCAAUCCAUCGCGAGCUCCAACUACGACAGACUAGACAGUUCUGUCCUGUCAGCAUACCAGAACGUCUCAGCUCGCCCGAGAUAUCACGAGUUGCGCGCCUUCGAUCCCGCCUCGCCACUGGUUCUCCAAGAGAGCAACGCACCGCAACAACCUCGGGGGAAAAUAAACAAUUUCGGCGUUCCUGGCGAUGUGGACGAAUUGUUGCCGAUAUUCGAUGCCUGCAUCCGCGUCGGCAAAGUCGAUCGGGCACAAAUGGUCCUCAAGCGCCUGGCUGCUGUCCCAAGCUUCCCUGGCGAAGACUUGAUUUUCCUGCAUAACCGAUUCAUCCGAGCCUCUCUCGAGCAGCUGCGCCUCCAUCCCGACCGGAAACAAGCCGAGAGCCUUCACAAGUGGUACGAGUUGCACAUCAACACCAGAGGCCUCCCCCAAACUGCCGAGACUAUCGCUUGCAUGCUCAAGGCCUCUCUUAUCUCCGAACGCGACGCCAACAGGCGUCACCGGCUGGUUACUCGCUACAUGAGACUGGCACCCGGCGAGGCGGGCUUGCAAGUCUUAUCGAUGGCCGAGAUCCUUAGCGAUCAAGACCUCGCAGUCAUUACGGAAAUUUGCCCGAUAUACAAUCUCGCGCCUGAAGAAGAUACUUCAGCCGCUGAAGCCAAUGAUGAGCACAUUGCCGCUGAAGAAAGCGAAGCUUUGGGGUCCGCUUCUGCAAAGCCUAUGCCGGAAGUCAUGGCCACACCUCAGAAAGGAUUCGGACUGAAGAGUUUAAAGCAGACUCUGAGCCUUUUCGACGAAAUCCCUCAAGAAUGCGACAUCUCCACACUUCCCCUUCGCGAACGAAGGGAGAUCCAGGCUCGUCUCGAGCGCGACUGUGUUGACGCAGCCGUAGAGCGAUGGCGCGAAGAGAACGAAUCUCUGCAAAAGAUGGGUCUCAAUACUUCGGUAGCACAUGCGUCACUCAACUCCCGCUUGUACGACUGGCAACUUGCACUGGAGGCGCGGCUUAAGGAGGAAAUGGUCAAAAUCGAGAAGUCCGAGGCCGUGGCGAAGAAGACGCCUGAAGACUAUGACCGAUGCGUGUACGGUCCUUUCUUCAGACUUUCUACGCCUAGUCGUCUGGCCGCUGUUACCAUUCUCAGCACCUUGAGUUCUACUGCCAUCACCGGUGUUGACCGUGGCAUGGGUCUUGCUACCGCCAUUAGCGGCCUCGCAAAACUCACCGAGGAGGAUAUUCGAAGUCAACUUGCGAGCCAGAAGGUUAAAAAGGCCGACAAGAGCAGAAAGGUCGUCAUGGCCAAAACUGCGGAGGUUACAGACAAAAGUUCAUCAAAAGAGGUGGCCAGUAAUGAAUUGUUCAGUGACGAACAAGCCAGGGACGCUGUGCUAGCUGAUGCGGCUUGGCCUCCUGCGGUGAAGGCCAAGGUCGGCGCGGCCCUAAUGUCUGCUCUCAUCGAGACCGCCAAGAUCAAAGUCGUGAGGGAACAUCCCGAAACGAAGACCCUCGUCAGCCAGUUCCAGCCCGCGUUCUCUCACGCUACGCAGCUCAGGAGGGGCAAGAAGAUCGGUAUGAUUUUGCUCAACAAGGAGCUCGUCAACAUCAUGAAGCGAGAACCUCAGGGCGACUUCCUGGCUAAACAUCUACCUAUGGUUGUGGAGCCGGAGCCGUGGCAGGCCUUCGACAAGGGCGGCUUUCUGGAAAGCAAAGCGAGUCUUGUUCGUAUCAAGCAGGGUGACAAGGACCAGAGGCUGUACAGCGAAGCAGCUAUCGCCCGCGGAGAUAUGGACCAAGUGUUCAAAGGGUUGGAUGUUCUGGGUAGGACCGCUUGGCGGAUUAACAAUUCGGUUCUCAGCGUUAUGCUCGAUGUUUGGAACAGUGGCGAGGAACUGGCAAACAUCCCGGCGUUGAACCCCGAUAUACCUACGCCGCCCGAGCCUGCGCCCUCUGAAGACCCCUCUGAACGCAUUCUCUGGAUCAGAGCCGUCAAGGCCGCCGAGAACGAGAGAGGUGGCUUGCAUUCCGUUCGCUGCUUCAUGAACUUCCAGCUGGAAAUCGCCCGUGCUUUCAGGAACCAGACUUUUUACUUCCCUCACAACAUUGACUUCCGGGGUCGUGCCUACCCACUACCGACAUACCUCAACCAUAUGGGUGCCGACCACGUCCGUGGCAUUCUUCGCUUUGCGAAGGGCAAGGAGCUCGGCGAGCAGGGUCUAAAGUGGCUCAAGGUUCACUUGUCUAACGUGUUCGGUUUCGACAAGGCCAGUCUCAACGACAGAGCAGCAUUCACUAUGGACAACUUGGCCAAUGUCAUAGACUCAGCCACCAACCCUCUCAAUGGCAACCGCUGGUGGCUCAAGGCCGAGGACCCUUGGCAAUGUCUUGCAGCUUGUUUCGAGCUCAAGGCAGCGCUUGAAUCCCCGGAACCAGAGAGAUACGUCUCUAGCCUUCCGGUGCACCAGGACGGCACCUGUAACGGUCUUCAGCACUAUGCCGCCCUCGGUGGUGACAUUUGGGGUGCUCGCCAGGUCAAUCUCGUACCCGGCGACAAGCCUGCUGACGUCUACUCUGCUGUUGCCAAUAUUGUCAAAGAUCACAUCGCCAAGGACGCGGAGGGAGGCAACCCUUUCGCCAAGGCCAUGGACGGAAAGAUCACGAGAAAGGUGGUCAAGCAGACCGUCAUGACCAACGUUUACGGCGUCACAUUUGCUGGUGCCAAGAAGCAGGUCUGUAAGCAGCUUGAUUCGCUGUACCCCAACUUGCCGAAGGAGUGCGGCUUCGAGAACAUCGUUACUGCAUCUUAUGUGGCUACUCUCGUCUUCAAGGCUCUGUCGUCCAUGUUCCGCGGCGCUCACGAUAUUCAGUACUGGCUCGGUGAGAUUGGCGGCCGGGUCUGCAGGGCUUUGUCCGCCGAGCAAUUGGAGCGGAUCGCUAAUGAUGGAAUCGUGCCUGUGCUAUCCAAGACCAAGGCUGUCGAGAACAGGACUUCCACUGACGAACUCCUGGCACAAUUCCGCGCCACUAUUGUCUGGACCACACCGCUACGCAUGCCCAUCGCCCAGCCGUACCGCAAGAGUGGAACCCGAAUCAUAAAGACGUCGCUCCAGGACCUCUCCCUCACAAUUCCCGAGCGCUCCGAUCCCGUACACCGCAAGAAGCAGCUGCAAGCAUUCCCUCCCAAUUUCAUUCACUCUCUCGACGCAACGCACAUGCUGCUGUCCGCGCUGGAGUGCUCUGAGCUUGGACUGGACUUUGCUGCUGUUCAUGACUCCUUCUGGACCCACGCCGCUGACGUCAACACCAUGAACCGUGUUCUCCGUGACGCCUUCGUCAGAAUUCACGAGGAGGAUGUUGUUGGCCGUCUCGCUGCCGAGUUUGAGGCUCGUUACCGUGGCUCUAUCUACAUGGCAAAGAUCAAUGUCGGAACCGAUGUCGAGAAGAAGAUUGCGGCGCUGAGAAAGAAGAAGAAGGUGUCGUUCAAGGAUGAGCUCCUAGCUGAGCACAAAAGACAGACGCUCCUCCGCUCCGGGAAUCCCGAGCUGAUUGCGGAAGCCAAGGAGAUGGUGACACCCGCUAGCAUCUUUGAAGAGAUGGCGGCUACCGAAGCCCUGGUGAAGGGCGAGGACUUGAAGGCAAUCGGCCUUGGUGAGAUUUCGGAGGAUGCGGACGAGACCGACAUCAAGAUGGAGUCAGGUGCUGGUGAUGAAGCCAACGAUGCCGAGACAUCUCAUGCCGUCGAUGAGGAGCUUCUCAGCGGAGCCAGCUCCCGAUUCGCCACAAAAAUGCUGAAGAACAUGGAAGAAUCGCACUUCAAGCAACAUUUACUCGCUAAGCCCGGGAAGUCGACCUCACGUCCUAAGACCAUCCAGGUCUGGCUUCCUUUGACCUUCCCCCCGAUUCCCGAGAAGGGCGACUUCGACGUUCAGAGACUCAAAGAGAGUGAGUACUUCUUCUCAUGA